AGUGUCUCCAGUCAACAAGUACAGUGUUACGUGUCAGUUGCACAGUGUCGACUAAGAAAUGGUGAUUAAACUGUACGGUGUCAAAGGGAGCCCGCCCGUAAGGGCUACGCUCCUUACCUUGGAAGCUUUGGGGAUCGAGGUGGAUUUCAAAGUAACGAACAUACUGAAAGGAGAACAGUACACGCAGGAUUUUCUCGAAAUGAACCCGCUUCAUACGGUGCCCACCAUACAAGACGGGGAUUUUGUUAUUUGGGACAGCCAUGCCAUCAAUUCGUACUUGGUUGAAAAAUACGGUAAAGACGACUCGUUGUACCCCAAGGAUCUGGAGGCGAGGGCGGUGGUGAACCAGCGAAUGUACUUCGAUAAUGGAAUUUUGUUUCCCCGAUGGGGAGCUGCCGUUUUGUUGAUAUUAAAACAGGGAGCAAAGACUGUGCGGAAGGAUUUGGCGGAUUCACUGGUUGAUGCUUACAACUCUCUCGAAACCCUGCUGGAAAGAAGCACCUACGUCGCCGGAGAACAGGUCACCAUCGCCGACUUCAGCAUUGUAACAACUCUGACAUCAGCCAACGUGUUGGUCCCCGUCGCCUCCAACAGAUUUCCCAAGAUCAGCGAAUGGCUGGUCAAGAUGCAAGCUUUGCCCUACUAUGCGUCUGCGAAUCAAGUUGGCCUAGAUCAGUUCGCUGCUGUGGUUAAAAGCAAACUGGCCUAAGCGAAGUGUCGGUGUUUGUAAUUUCAUUCACGUCAAUUUUAACAGAAACCAUAGCCUUGAUUUUAACAUAAUGUCCAGUGUACUGGGAAGAUAGUUUGUAGGGAUCAACAAUAUUUCAAAAUUUGAUUUUUAAAAUUUUGCAGGCUCCUGGUUUCGAGGCAAUAGUGUUCACAUCUUCAGGUAAAGGGACAUAAAUUGCUAGUCGCGUGUAAUUUUUAUAAUGUUUAAUAUGAAAAUUAAAUAAAUGUUAAUAAAACGGAAAAACA